AUGGUGGCGGGGUCGGGUGGGAGUGGGGGCUCUGGGGCAGGCCCCGGGCCGGGGCCGGGGCCGGGGCCGGGCGGGGGUGGGGGUCCUGGCGGCGGCGGUGGGCCAGGACUGGGGUCCGGCGGGGGUCUCGGCAGUGGCGGGGAGCUGCACCCGCGCACUGGGCGCUUGGUGAGCCUGUCGGCCUGCGGGCGUACGGCGCGGCGACAGCAGCCGGGCCAGGAGUUUAACCACGGGCUGGUGCUGAGCCGGGAGCCGCUGCGCGACGGACGCGUCUUCACCGUGCGCAUCGACCGCAAGGUCAACUCCUGGAGUGGCUCCAUUGAGAUCGGGGUGACAGCGCUGGACCCUGGUGUGCUGGACUUCCCAAGCAGUGCCACAGGGCUGAAGGGGGGCUCGUGGGUAGUGUCCGGCUGCUCGGUACUGAGGGAUGGGCGCUCUGUGCUGGAGGAAUAUGGCCAGGAUCUGGACCAGCUUGGAGAAGGGGACCGUGUAGGUGUGGAGCGCACAGCUGCUGGGGAGCUCCGGCUCUGGGUGAAUGGGCGGGAUUGUGGUGUGGCUGCCACGGGCUUGCCUGCCCGUGUCUGGGCCGUGGUUGACCUUUAUGGCAAGUGCACCCAAAUCACCGUGCUCCCUCCUGAGCCAAGCUUCAGCCCCCCUGCUCCCAUCCCCACACCGUCCCUUGAGACGUUGGCCCCUCCAGAAGAUUCUGCCUUGGUGGAUCAGGGGACCUCUGGGGAUGAAGCCUUCUCGGUGUCCCCAGCACAGGCCCGGCCGGAGACGUUUCCUAACAGCCUUGAGUCGCAUAAUGACUUUGCCAGCAUGGAGCUCUCUGAGGUGGUCAGUAAUGCCAUCCUAUCUGCCUACAAUGGGGGGCUCCUGAAUGUGAACCUGAGCUCCCCCCCAGCAGGGGAUGGACUGGAAACCAGUGGAGCUGCCACCUCACCCAUCCUUACCUCCAAUGACGCCCUACUCUUUCAUGAGAAGUGUGGGACUCUCAUCAAACUCAGCAACAAUAAUAAGACGGCUGAGCGCCGGAGGCCCCUUGAUGAAUUCAACAACGGGGUUGUCAUGACCAACCGCCCACUUCGGGACAAUGAAAUGUUUGAGAUCCGUAUUGACAAACUUGUAGAUAAGUGGUCGGGCUCCAUCGAGAUUGGUGUCACUACCCACAACCCCAACAGUUUGGAGUAUCCAGCCACCAUGACCAACCUCCAGUCAGGCACCAUCAUGAUGAGUGGCUGUGGGAUCCUAACUAAUGGCAAGGGUACCCGCCGGGAAUACUGUGAAUUCAGUCUGGACGAGUUGCAGGAGGGUGACCAUAUUGGCCUCACAAGGAAGUCCAACUCUGCCUUGCACUUCUUCAUUAAUGGCAUUGAUCAGGGUGUAGCUACCCCAUUGACACCACCUGUGGUGUAUGGUGUGGUAGACUUGUACGGGAUGGCUGUGAAGGUGACCAUUGUCCACAAUAAUAACCACAGUGACCGUCUGCGUCGGAACAAUGCCAUCCUGCGGGCUCUGUCCCCCGAGGGCGCUCUCCGCCGCGCUGCUCCUGCUACCCAGGCAGAACCUGAGCGCCUACUCUUCCACCCCAACUGUGGGCAGAAGGCAGCCAUCACCCACGAGGGACGCACUGCCCUGAGGCCCCAUGCCACUGAUGACUUCAAUCAUGGCGUGGUACUGAGCAGCAGAGCACUCCGGGACGGAGAGGUGUUCCAGGUGCGCAUUGACAAGAUGGUGGACAAAUGGGCUGGCUCUAUUGAGAUUGGUGUCACCACUCAUAACCCUGCCUAUCUCCAGUUGCCCUCUACUAUGACCAACUUGCGCUCUGGGACCUGGAUGAUGACAGGGAAUGGCGUAAUGCACAAUGGAACAACCAUUCUGGAUGAAUAUGGACACAACCUAGACCGCCUAAAGGCAGGGGACACGGUGGGCGUGGUACGGAGGGAGGACGGGACUCUGCACUUCUUUGUCAAUGGGAUGACUCAGGGCCCUGCUGCCUGGAAUGUGCCCCCGGGUGUCUACGCUGUCGUUGAUCUCUAUGGCCAGGCUGCCCAGGCCACCAUUGUGGACGACGUGGAGGUGCCUCCAGUCCCUGAGCCACUCCCUGAAGGGAACAACCAGGUGUCUCCAAGUUCCCCUUCCUCAGCCGCUGGAGGCUCCGACCUGCGCUUCCACCAGCUGCACGGCAGCAAUGCCGUCAUCACUAACGGAGGCCGCACCGCUCUCCGCCAUAACUGCCGCAGCGAAUUCAACGAUGCCAUUGUCAUUUCCAACCGGGCCCUCCGGGAUGGAGAACUGUUUGAAAUUGUCAUUCAGAAGAUGGUAGAUCGCUGGUCAGGCUCCAUUGAAGCUGGAGUGACUGCUAUUCGGCCUGAAGACCUGGAAUUUCCUAACACCAUGACGGACAUUGACUAUGAUACGUGGAUGCUGAGUGGUACAGCCAUCAUGCAAGAUGGUAACACAAUGCGGAACAACUACGGAUGUGAUCUGGACGCCCUGGGCACCGGGGCGCGUAUUGGCAUGAUGCGAACUGCCAAGGGGGACCUGCACUACUUCAUCAACGGCCAGGACCAAGGCGCUGCCUGCUCAGGCUUGCCUCCGGGUAAAGAAGUGUAUGCCGUUGUGGAUCUCUAUGGCCAGUGUGUCCAAGUAUCCAUCACCAAUGCUACAGGGCCCAUGGACAAUAGCCUGGCGACCAGCAAUACUGCCACUGAGAAGUCAUUCCCUCUUCACUCCCCAGUGGCGGGUGUGGCUCAUCGAUUCCACAGCACGUGUGGCAAGAAUGUCACUCUGGAGGAAGAUGGCACAAGGGCAGUGCGAGUGGCUGGCUAUGCUCAUGGUCUUGUCUUUAGCACCAAGGAGCUCAAAACUGAAGAAGUCUUUGAGGUGAAAGUGGAAGCGCUGGAUGAGAAGUGGGCAGGUUCCCUCCGGCUGGGGCUGACCACACUAGCACCAGGGGAGAUUGGGCCUGGAGCAGGUGGUGGCCCAGGAUUGCCGCCUUCCCUGCCAGAACUGCGAACUAAGACCACCUGGAUAGUGUCUAGCUGUGAAGUGAAGCGCGAUGGGCAGCUCCAGAGGAUGAACUAUGGCCGUGACCUAGAGAGGCUGGGGGUGGGGAGCCGUGUGGGCAUUUGUCGGGGGGCAGAUGACACAAUGCACAUCCUGGUGGAUGGAGAGGAUAUGGGGCCUGCAGCCACCGGCAUUGCCAAGAAUGUGUGGGCUGUGUUGGAUCUGUAUGGGCCGGUACGCAGUGUGUCCAUUGUCAGUUCCACCAGGCUGGAGGAAGCAGAAGGCACCCAGCCACCUUCUCCCAGCUCUGACACUGGCAGUGAAGGCGAGGAGGACGAUGAGGGCGAGGAGCGUGGGCUGGGGGAACAGAAUCAAGUGGGUAUUAUGCCUACAGUCCUUGAGUUCCUGGAGAACCACGGGAAGAAUAUCCUCUUGUCCAAUGGGAACCGUACAGCCACGCGGGUGUCCAGCUACAAUCAGGGCAUUGUUGUCCUCAGCCAGCCCUUGGUGCCCCAGCUGCUUGUCCAGGUGCGGAUUGACUUCUUGAACCGACAGUGGACAUCUUCCCUUGUCCUGGGAGUCAUCACCUGCCCACCCGAGAGGCUCAACUUCCCCGCCUCUGCUUGUGCCCUCAAGCGGUCAGCCUGGCUACUACGGGGCCGUGGUGUCUUCCACAAUGGCCUCAAGAUCUGUGAGAAGUUUGGGCCAAAUCUCGACGCAUGUCCUGAAGGCACCGUCCUGGGACUGCGGCUAGACUGCUCUGGAGGGCUGCAUCUCCACGUCAACGGGGUGGACCAGGGCGUAGCGGUGCCGGACGUGCCCCAGCCCUGCCACGCACUUGUGGACCUCUACGGGCAGUGUGAGCAGGUGACAAUUGUGACUCCUGAACCAGGGGCUGCCAGUGGAAAGGGUGCUGGAACCCAAGGGGACAUGGAAAAAGCUGAUAUGGUAGAUGGCAUCAAGGAGAGCGUGUGCUGGGGCCCACCACCUGCCGCUAGCCCCCUCAAGAGCUGCGAGUAUCACGCUCUUUGCUCCCGUUUCCAAGAACUGCUGUUGCUUCCGGAGGAUUAUUUCAUGCCUCCACCAAAGCGCAGCUUAUGCUACUGUGAGUCUUGCCGGAAGCUGCGAGGAGAUGAGGCCCACAGGCGCCGAGGAGAACCCCCGCGGGAAUAUGCCCUGCCUUUUGGCUGGUGCAGGUUCAAUCUCAGGGUGAAUCCCCGCCUGGAAGCUGGGACACUAACCAAGAAGUGGCACAUGGCAUAUCAUGGGAGUAAUGUAGCAGCCAUAAGAAGGGUGCUGGAUCGAGGAGAGCUGGGAGCAGGUACUGCCUCCAUCCUGAGCUGCCGGCCCUUGAAGGGAGAGACUAGAGUGGGCUUUGAGGAGCCUGGUGAGAACUGUGCACCUCCCCGAGAGGAGCAGCCGCCUCCAGUACUGCUCUCCCCCUCCCUUCAGUAUGCUGGGGCUGAGGCCCUGGCCUCCAAAGUGCAAUUCCGGGACCCCAAAUCCCAGCGGACACACCAGGCUCAGGUGGCCUUUCAAGUGUGUGUACGACCUGGCUCCUACACUCCUGGCCCUCCUUCUGCUGCCCUCAGAGAACCUCCUGACCAGCACUUCAGCCCAGCAGAACUGGAAUGGGUCACUAAAGAGAAAGGAGCCACCCUCCUCUAUGCCCUGCUGGUACGGGUGGAAUGAGGGGUAAACACCACUACCACAAGCACAGCUGGGCCUGAGCCCAGAACCUGAGUGAAGACUGCCUCCACCUCAUUCCAGAGACUGUGGCAUGCACAGGUGCUUCACUGGCAGACGCCAGAGCAUAUAGGCAGGUUUUGAUGACGACCAGAAGUGGGGCGCUAUCUCCACCAAUGGACCCAGCAAGCUCCCUCUGCUGGGAAGAAACUUGCGGGGAGCCCAGCUCCAGGCCCUGGGUACCCCCUUCAUGCACUGACUUGGGGAACACGACUCCCUAUUACUCCCCUCCCCAUAUCACUUAAUUUAUUUCCGUUUUUGUUUCUGGUUACUGUGAAUCCCUGGAGUCCCCCUGUGCCCACACGAAGCUGCUUUUUCCAGGGCCACGGGACGGGAGUGGGGAAGGAAGGGCGGGCAGAAGGAAGACGCGGGCCCUCUGUACAGUUGUUACUGACUCUGAUUUCUAAGGAGCCAAUAAAUGCCGUCUCAGAA